AUGCAUGUUGAAAGUGUAGCUUCUGGGCAAACUGUAUGUGUGACGGGUGCUGGAGGUUUCAUUGCCUCUUGGAUAGUAAAACAUCUCCUAGAAAGAGGCUACACCGUCAAAGGAACUGUCAGAAACCCAGAUGAUCCAAAGAAUGCUCAUUUGAAAGAGCUGGGAGGAGCUAAAGAGAGAUUAACCUUAUGUAGAGCUGAUCUUCUUGAUUUCCAGAGCCUCAAAGAAGCCAUUAAUGGAUGUGAUGGCGUUUUUCAUACUGCAUCUCCAAUGACUAAUGAUCCAGAACAAAUGGUGGAGCCGGCCGUGAAGGGAGCAAAGAAUGUGAUAAUUGCUGCUGCGGAAGACAAGGUUCGGCGGGUGGUACUCACUUCGUCAAUCGGUGCAGUGUACAUGGAUCCUAAGAGAAGCCGUGAUGUUGUGGUGGACGAAUCUUGCUGGAGUGACCUUGAGUUUUGCAAGAACACCAAGAAUUGGUACUGCUAUGGGAAAGUUGUGGCAGAGAAAGCGGCAUGGGAAAUGGCAAAAGAGAAAGGGGUUGAUUUGGUGGUUGUGAAUCCAUCACUGGUAUUUGGACAUCUGCUGCAGCCAACAAUCAAUAUAAGCACUCUUCACAUCCUCAAGUACUUGACAGGCUCUGCUAAGACCUAUGCCAAUUCCGUUCAUGCGUAUGUUCAUGCAAACGACGUCGCAUUAGCCCACAUUUUGAUUUAUGAGACCCCCUCUGCAUCUGGCCGUUAUCUGUGUGCCCCGCAUGUGCUUCACCGUGGAGAGGUUGUUCAAAUCCUUUACAGAUUGUUCCCUCAGUAUCCUAUCCCCACCAAGUAA